UUCGUUAAACCCUAGCUCUAAUUUUAUAAAUCCUUGGUUUGAUGAUCGUUAGCUAGAUUGAGAGAUCUAAGUGAUUUUGAUUACUCUACUGCUGUAUUUUGAUUGUUUGAUUUUAAGAUAGAUUUUGAUUUUGUUUUGGUUUUCCCCUUUUUAGCCGGAAUCGGAAAUUUCUAUGUUUGGAGAGUUUUGUAAUUAGCUUUACUUCUUCGUUAUCGUUUCCUUUUUAAGAUUGUGAACACUGAUGUCAAACACGUUGAAAGAGUCAAGAGAGGAUAUUACAGAUUCUGUUGUUGGUCAUAUGAGGGAAGAGAAUGAGUAUGUUCGGCUUGUUGUGGCUCAUGAAGCUGCUGCUGCUGAAACCGUGUUGUCUCUAUCUCAAUCGGAGGUGCGGAGUCAGAAACUGAUGUGGUGGUUGAAAGCUUUUGGAAUAUUCGCAGUUACUCUCUUGCUUACUGUUGUUUUUGGCAAAUGGGGUGUUCCGUUUGUGUUCCAAAAGGUUCUUAUUCCAAUUUUGCAAUGGGAAGCAACUGCAUUUGGCCGUCCUACGCUCGCCAUUGUCCUUGUUGUUUCCUUGGCAUUGUUUCCUGUGUUCUUGAUUCCUUCUGGUCCUUCCAUGUGGUUAGCUGGGAUGAUUUUUGGUUAUGGUCUCGGUUUUGUUAUUAUCAUGGUUGGUACCACCAUUGGCAUGGUUCUUCCUUACCUUAUCGGGCUUAUCUUCCGUGAUCGCCUCCAUCAAUGGUUAAAAAGGUGGCCUCGUCAAGCUGCUGUUCUUAGACUAGCUGCUGAAGGAAGCUGGUUCCAUCAAUUCAGAGUUGUGGCAAUCUUUCGGGUUUCCCCAUUUCCUUACACGAUUUUCAACUACGCAAUCGUCGUGACAAGCAUGAGAUUCUGGCCUUACUUCUUCGGAUCUAUAGCAGGAAUGGUACCAGAAGCUUUCAUCUACAUUUACAGUGGUCGGUUGAUCAGAACAUUUGCGGAUGUGCAAUACGGACAUCAACGUUUGACAACAGUGGAGAUUGUGUACAACAUAAUCUCCUUGAUCAUUGCGGUUGUGACCACUGUUGCUUUCACUGUGUACGCUAAAAGAGCUUUGAGAGAACUUCAAAACGCAGAAGCUAAUGAAGAUGAAGAAGUUCCAGUGAGAAAACAGGCGAAAUUUGAGAUGAAGAAUGUUAUUCAACAGGAAGAAGAUAAUAAUCGGCAUUUGCCUUAACCGGAUUAAGUUGACAAGAAGCUACGAUAGGUUUUAAGAGUAAAUAACAAAAGGGGUAAAAAAAGAUGUCUGAUGUAGUAGGAAAAGACUAGUCAAGAUUGGGAUUAUAUUAGUGUUUGACUGAUUCCAAUGAUUGAAAUAAAUAAAACAAGCAUUUAGGCUUAAUAGUGCGUAUGAAAAAUCUGGUUGCUCUAUGCGAUCUAGUAGUGUAUUUUAAGACUUAUAUUGUUGACAAGGUUAGUGAUCUUGUAAGUAAUCAUCAAAUGACAUUAAAAAGAUUUGUUCAUCUUGUAAGCAAUCAGCAAAAAACAAAAUUUCUAAAAUCAUAUCGAUGUGUACCGUUUAGACUUAGCCAAGACUCCGGUUCAAUUUGAUGAUAUUAAACCAAGAACAAUUGGAAUGCCAAACCGGAUUCUGAUGUUCCACGUUGACAAGGUUAGUGGUCUUGCAAGUAAUCGUCAAAAACAAAUUUACAAUCCACAUUCGUUUUUCGUAAUACUUAAAUGUAAGCACAACAUUUGUACGGUUCGAUGCCGUCGCGGCGUCGCGUCUCAAGUCUAAAAUCAACUCGAUGUGUAUUGUUUAGACUUAGCCAAGAAUUCCGGUUCAAUUAGAUGAUAUUAAACCAAGAACAAUUGGAAUGCCAAACCGGAUUCUUAUUUAUAAUCGUUUUGAUCCUCAAGAUUUCAAGAUGAUCAGUCCAACGGAUACCGUAUACCAAGGGUAAGUUUAUCAGUAGAUCAGUGCUGAUGAACAGAUUAAUAAAUUGGACUAUGAAAGUGGCGGGUUGAGCCAGGCCCGUGCAGUAGUGCAACGCAUGGGCGACUCGCGAAAGCC